AUGGCAGCGUUUGUUGCAGAUGCUGCGGUGGCCGCUGCACAUGUUGGUACGACAGUCCGUGCUUGCGGGCAUGUUGUUGCCUCGGGUGCGAAUGGAAAUGUGUCUCGUGACAACAAGAACGCAGCCUCUGCGCGUGGCAAGAGGAUCAAACGAGGCGCGAACGAGUCCGCGCACGAUACCAAAGCCUCUGUUUACACUUCAUGCGUGGACAGGACGCGCUCGCGGUUCUCUACCGCCCGCAGCCCUGCAAUUAAGAAACGGGACUUUGGAACCUCCCCAAACCCGCUGGAUUCUACCUUCGCGCAGAGUCAGACUUUCGUCGAAGAGACCGAUCCUCCCUUCACCUGGACGCAGUCUACAGAACUGACUCAGGUGCGAUCGAAUUCGGAGUCUUCGGUUCCUCCAGUUCCUCCAGUUCCGCAAUCUUCGGAGUCCUCGGUUCCCCCAGUUCUCCAUUCGGAGUUCGUGUUUCCCACACGGUCUCCCACACUUGUCCAACCUUCGGAGUCCUCAGUUCCCCCAGUUUCCCAAUCUUCGAGUUCUCAGGUAACCACCGUUUGGGGCGGCGACUCGGUUGCUACCUCGUUUGAGGUGCCGCCGCCUGCGACUUCAACGCCUGCGCCAACCACCUUCGAGAGCGUGAGCUCGACCGCGACCUUGACCAGCAGCUCCCCAGCGCCCGCGUCGUCAUCUCUGAUCGGCUCCGUCGCCAGUCUCCGGCCUACACCCACACCGGGCAAGUUCUCAGGACCCGUCGUCGCGGGUAUCACAAUCGGCGCUCUAGCCGGCUGGGCGCUCCUCUGUCUCGCCGUCUUCCUGCUCUACAAAUGGCACAGGAAGCGCGCCUCUCUCCCGCCCCCUGGUGUCCUUCCCGGCCCCCGUCGCCCCAUCCACAGCUCGCCGUACGGCAGUCAUCCCAAUGCUUCGUCCGCUUCGGGCGUGUAUGGCAGCCAUAUGCGGAAUCCAAUCUAUGUCGGCGGAGUAGGCAUCGAGAUUGAGAAGGACUCUUCGGCUGAAGAGGAGUCGCCCCGCCCGCCGAGUUAUCGUGCGUAUAGCACACCCUGCCCGAAGAGCAGGUACACGUGGUUGCCGAGCACUGUGAGUCCGAGUACGGUAACUGCGAAUGGGAGUCCGCUGCCGCGCAAGCAGCAGACAUCGCAGGACGUCGAGAUGCGCAAGCUAGACGCUGGUCGCCAGAAGGCAUACAACAUCCCGUCACCGCCGCUGCUGCCGGCCCCCACGUCGCCGCUGCCGGCGCCCCCGUCAUCGGCGGUGUACUCAAAACCGCCUGCUCCUCCCACGACACCGGCCACCAACAACGGGAGUGGGAAAGACAACGCCUCCUCACCUUUCAC